ACUGCACCCCAGUACUCUACUUGUCCGGGCAUACAUGCUCUCGCACUCAAACACUGAACCUCCUUUGCCCGUCCCACUGUAUGAGUACUCGCGCUCAGUACCUCACAAUGCUCGAACACUGGCCCUUACCCACUCAGAUUUGAUAAGGUUACUAAUUAAAUCGCCCGCAUCUCACAAUCGCCAGGGCCCCAUGGCCGGGCUUCACCAUCAAAAACCCAAUGCGCGACGGCCCCCCGUUUCACCCCCCAGCGUGAUUCCCUCAGAAAACUCCAGCACCACCUCCCCUUCGGUGCUCAAGGAAUCCGCCUUCCCACCGUUGAGCCAGGGCCGCUCGGUGCCUCCGCUAGAAGGAAAGUGUACUUGUAGAGUACAUUGAUACUGCUAUGUCAUCCAUCGUCCUCUACAAUCUACGGUACACAUUUUCCCCCAGAAACCCUCUUCAACCUAACCAUAGCCCAUCCGGAUAAUGCCAUGGGACUCGCAACUCUACAUCUAGUUCAAUCUAGAAGACGGUCCGAAUGCCCGGAUUGCCUUGGGCUACCUCUGCUCCUGCACACUGGUGCGGGGGAACCUAUCAUGCCCGCAAGCUAUUGUCUCCCUUGGCAGGAGUGGGAACAUCCAACGCCAACCAAUCCGGCCUGCUGAGCAUGAGAUCUGUAGAGUUUCAACUGGGCCGGCAUUGAUGUCGCAGUUGUCGCUUUACCGGGCCCGCUGCCUAACGAUGGAGGGAGGACUCAUUGACUUGAUUUGGCCGGCACAAGUAUAUUUUCUGUCUCUGUUACUUUUUUUUUUCACUCCAUCUUUUCCUCUCUUUCUUUUCCCAUCCCCCCUUGUUUUUUCACGCCGUUGGGUUGGCGUUUCUGUCCCUACCCUCUUUCCUUACUGCCCUGUCUCUCCCUCCUAGACUCGUGGUGGUCCUUCCUCCUUCCUGCUGGUGUAGAUUGGGUUCAUGGGCUAUCAUAGCUGGAUUAUUUAUUUCGUAGACCUCCACUUCUCCUUUACCCUUUGCCCUGUUCUCCAGACACCCAUCCAUCCUUACCUCUCCCUUUCCCAGCUUUCAUAACGCUAGCCGUUACCACCCAAAGAUUCAGCCAUGCACGCCAUCUACCACCCGUCACGUCGGAAGCGCGUGGUGCUAUUCCGUCUGCUGGUCAUUGGGAAUUUCCUCCUUCCUCAGGCGACCUGCCAAUUCAUGUUUCCGGCCCCACCAGCUGCUACGGCCAUCUUUACGACCCAGGCUCAGUGCAGGGCGUUCUAUAGCGAAUGUAUGGAUACCUUUAGGGCUUGCUUGGGGGUUACGGGUCCGAAUAACUUGAUCGAGUCGACUUGCGAAGAGUGGAGGAGUGAGGUUUGCGAGGACAUGAUCAGGAUGGGAUGUGAUAGCUUGCCGAACGAGAGGCAGACGGGGAGUGGAGGGACCCUGGGUAGUGGGACUUUGGGGAUGGGGAUGACGAGGUCCAGUGGGACUGUGGGUGAGGUUCGUUUACAAGUGUGUUCCUUAAGAGUGAGGGAAUGAUAGGACCGCUAACCCUCAAAUUAUACAACAGCCCACGAGUUUGAAUACUUGCACGCUCGAGUCGACGUCUGCAAUCUCACCACCUCUAAUGUCAUUCCCGUCGUUAUCGCCGUCUUCCCAACCGCCAUCUUCUUCCCUUUCACCUUCAUUCUCACAAUCAAUCUCACCUCUACCCACUCGAACUAGCGAUCCCACAUCGCCAAUUCUAACUCUCCCAACUCCAACCCCAACUCUAACCUCCCCAUCGCCAACAACCCCACCAAUCAUCCCGCCGACACUCCUUUCCUCCUUCACAACAAUAGUAAUAACCUCGACCGUAACAGCCACCCAAACCUUCACAACAGGAUCUUCAACCUGGACCGCUACAACGACGCGGACAGUGACAGCCACCGAGCGCCGUGGGCUCAACUUGACGGUGAUCUCAAACGACUCGACAAGGCCAUGGUGUCGAACGGGAAUAGGCGUCGGCUUCUUAUUUUUCUGGAGCGUUGUCGGAUGGGCGGGUUGUCUGGCUUAAUUUAGCUCACGAGUGAUUAGUGUCGAUGUUAUCUUCAGGGCUCGGGGUGUAUCGAUUGUCUCCGGCAGAGGUCAUAUUGUUAUUUUUAUUGAUCUUUGAGGCAUCGUAUUCCCCUCUGCGGUCUGAGGUGCCCUUAGUCGACUUUUCGUGGUUGUGAGUGGAGCGGGGGAGUAAAAUAGCGUAUUGGAGGGAGGCCCCUACUGCGCCAACGUGGCAUCAAAGGUUGGCCAACAGCCACCGGGCGUUUUACUCUUCGCGUGUUCUCCUUGUGUUAUGCUCGUGCAGUACGGGCUUCCUCGCCGGACAACCUACCAACCCCUGGGGGUAGGUAAAAUACGUGUACUAUGAUAAUAUUAUACCGUGUUUUUCGUCCUAAAUCUAAUGCAAUGCAUGCAUACCCUAAAAUCUUUACCCAGAAACACGAGCCCUGAAUGCUAAAAUCUGCUCUAGAUAGUAAAAGGACCGGAGCAUAGCUUGAAAAGCUUCACGAUGUGUGCUCACUUUUUCCAAUCGGCUAUCUAGCAGAAAUGAUAUUACCCUCAUUUUAGGCAGUGACUAACUAUUGGACGAAUCGAGGAUUUAUGGCUUCAUAAUGCAUGCAUUCAAAAUCCUUCCCGUUGAACCUGCAAGAAAGGUAUGCUCCUUAGCCACUAUUUUCCUACAUGCAGGAUUGAAUACGGUAAAGUACGUACGUCUUUAAAAAUAAAAUAUCGUGUUUAUACAGUAUCCUACGAGUACAAACACGUAUAAAUAUAAUGCCAAUCCCUACCGGCCCUAGCAUGAUACCAAGUUCGUUCGCCAUGGAGGUGUAUCGCAGUGCUCCCCUCCCGGGACAUCAGUUCCACCCCACUAUGGGUGCUUGAACCCUGGCCCUUGCCGUCCUUAUCUGAUCAUCUGCAGUAUUCUCCACAAUCCGAUAGAAAGCGUCCGGCCAACCAAUACCCCACGCCACUCCCCCUCCUUCUUCCCACAUCUCCCCCCCAUUUAAACAACCCAUCUCCUUUAAUCCAUUCCUCAUCACCCCCACCGUGGAGGAUCGUCUCAAAUGUCUCUGAUGACAUAUCUUGCCCACCGCCGCACUUGGUGAGAAAAGCAUUUGCCUCUGUAGCACUUCUAUCCUCAUACCAUAUCACUCGCUAAUAGCAAACGAUAGUAAAAACAAGAAAGCGGCACGCGAAACUGCAAUCGCAAACCUUCCGCCAAUUUACCACUCCCAGCUCGAGCAGCAUGACCGUGAAAUACUCAACACUCCGGUUGAAGACGCUGCGAGGCUCGUACGCAAAGGGGAAUGGAAACCGAUCGAUAUCCUGAGGGCAUACGGGAAGCAAGCGGUAAACGCCCACGAAAGGACAAAUUGCCUAACGGAAGUUGUAAUCUUGGAUGCGGAGGAGUGGCUGGGACAUUCAUUAGAGAGCGGUGGCGAUGCCAAUAGCAGGGUUAAUCUGAAUGGUCCGCUUGCCGGGAUUCCCGUUAGCUUGAAGGAUACGGUGAAUGUUAAGGGUUAUGAUUCGUGUAUUGGGUAUUCCAAACAUGCGAAUAAUCCGGUAAACCACGAUGCAUCGAUUGUUCGACUAUUGAAAGAUGCGGGGGCUGUGCCGUUCGUAAAGACGAAUGUUCCCGUUACCUUGAUGAGUUUUGAAAGCUCUAAUGAUGUGCCUAUCCGUCCAUCAUUAUUCAAGCGAUGUGUGUGGGGGCUGAUCAAGUGCAGGUAUGGGGAACUACAGAAAACCCACAUGUCAGAGGGUACUCGCCUGGCGGGUCCAGCGGCGGGGAGGCAGCGCUGAUAGCAUUAGGCGGGAGCAGAAUCGGUGUGGGCACAGAUGUCGCGGGGAGCGUACGGGUACCCGCACAUUACUCGGGUGUCUAUGCUAUCCGUUGCUCCGUCGGGAGGUUCCCAAGAUCUGGGAAUGCGACAUCGAUGGCCGGACAGGAAGGCGUUACGGCGGUUUACUCUCCUAUGGCCAAGACAAUGGAGGAUCUGAGCUUCUUUUUGAAGACGGUUAUCGACAUGAAGCCCUGGACCUACGAUUACCACGUUAUCCCCCUUCCAUGGCGCGACGUGCGCGACGAGAUGGGGGGCAAGAGGGUUCGCUGGGGAGUGCUGCGAGACGACGGGAUUGUUACUCCAAGCCCUGCUUGCAAUCGCGCAUUAGAUAAUGUUAUAAUAGCGCUCAAGUCUCAAGCGCAGGAGGUUGUCGAACUGUGAGUCCCUAUUCCCUGCACUACAUUUACGCUGGCUGACAGAGUUAGCGACAAUAACCCCUCCGUCCUUGAAUCCCUGUGCACCGCCUCCCGCCUCCUGUAUUCCGAUGGUGGCUCCACCUUUUCCAGCCACUUCCAAUCCUUCUUCGAAUCCAACGAUUCGGGGAUGCGCCUAGUAUCAAGAUACUUCUCUCUCCCCCGCUGGGUCAAGUUCCUGCACUGGGCUUUUGUAAAGUACCUAAAGCGGGACGAGAUCUGGGCCGCAUUGAUCAAAGACUGGAGUCCAACCUCGUCCGUGGAUCAGUGGAAGCUUGUCUCGAAGAGGGAGAGAAUACGUGCUGAAUGGGAUAAGUUUUGGAGCGAGAAUGAACUGGACUUUAUCGUUUGUGUACCGAAUCCGCUCCCGGCUAUACCACAUGGUGGUGGGAAGAACGCAUUCGUUAAUUGUUCCUACACUUUGAUUUGGAGCCUGGUAUACCUGCCCCCCCCUCCCUAGCCCCGCACCAGCAGAAUUGAUAAAGUGAAUAGAUGGACUACGCUGCUGGCGUCCUCCCGGUAACCAGAGUCGACAAAGAGAAAGACGCUCUAACACCCGGGUUCAAAAUUAAUAGCAAUACCGUUGCGAGGAGUGCUUAUAAGGACUACGACGCAGACAAAAUGCAUGGACUGCCCGUAGGGGUACAGAUUGUGGCGCGCAGGUUCGAGGAGGAGAAGGUGAUUUGGGGGUUGGAGAAGGUGAAGAGUGUUCUUGAGGAUGUUGGCGAGGGGUAUGUUGUCGUUGAGUGUUAGGGUGUGGUAUUGUGAAGCUUGUCAGGCGGGUUAUAGUAUAUAUGUUGCAGAGGUUGCUUUUUAACCUAAGCGUAGGAGGUGUCAAUAUCUGAGGAGGCGUGGGUGGAUAGGAUUGCGCAUAUGAUAUGCAGGCUCGGGGGCGGGGGCUACGAUUCAGAUAUGUUGGGAAGCGAGUGAACAUGCCCUGAUUCCCGCCUGACUGCCCUCCUGUAGGGUCAUCCAAACCUUGGCCGUGGUCUGUUGAAUAAAAAUACAUUUGGACGCGGGGCCGCCGAAACACAAAUAUCUACUGCUGGCAUGAGACCUCCGAUCUUCCGCAAUGAUCGGCUGCCGUAGUAAGCUGUCAUAUCUAUGCCCAACCAAACCCAGCAUCCACCGUACCCCCUUCCGACAUAUGGCCCCCAACUCUCAUAAACUACCCUACCACCGCAGGUCAUCAAAAUCACGUCU